UCAGAAUUCAAACUUUCUAAUUAAUCUCAACGAUUCCUCUCAUCAACAUUCUCCUUCAACAUAUUCCACUGCACGACACAGUUAUGAGGAGCGUGUGUAACGGGUGUAGGAACAUCCUUGUUUACCCUUUGGGAGCAUCUAAUGUUUGCUGUGCAAUUUGCAACACCAUCAAUUCUGUUCCUCCUCCUCGAAUGGAAAUGUCACAACUUCAUUGUGGAGGCUGUAGGACAUUUCUAGUGUACCCGCGUCGUGCUGCAAGUGUGACAUGUCCUUACUGUCACGCUAUUAACCUUGCACCAGAAUUAAAUCAAGUAAGCCAUGUCCAUUGUGGGAACUGCCGGACAACACUCAUGUAUCCUUACGGAGCUCCCUCAGUCAAAUGUGCAAUUUGUCACUUUAUUACUAAUGUCACUAUGACCAAUGAAAGGCUUCGCAUUCCUGUAUUGAGAUCAAAUGGAACAGUACCUUCUAAUUCAUCGGGUAUUAUCAGCAUGAAGCUGAAGAUGUUGAUGAUGAAACUUAGGCUUCUAUAUUAG